AAAGUUUACAACCUUAUAUAAUUCCACUGAUUAAUAUUAGUGCGGCGACAUCUGCUGGUGUGCAUGCGCCACCUAACGGCUGAAAACUAUCUGAAAUUCCUCUGUUAUGCUGAAAUCUUCUCAUCUUGUUUCCCAAAUACCGCAUUCUUUUAUUUUCCUUUUCACUUUCGUGUUCUCUGCCUUGUGCAUAUCUUGACAUUUUUGUAUCUGUCAAGUUUUUGACAUUCGUACAUUAGUUCGUUCGUUCGCAGUCGUCAGUUCAGUUCGUUGUGAAAAAGGGUUUGUGGAAGUGAAAUGUGAAUUUACGCAGCGUUUAAACAAUAUAAAUUGUGCAAAAUAAAGAAUAAUUUCAGCGGAAACUGAAUCCUCUGUGUGAAAAACGUGUGAUGGAAUAAUUAGCUAAAAGAUUAAUAUUCUAAUCAACAACAACCUAAAAAAUUUAACAAAUUCAAUACUUGAGAAAAAUAAAUCAAAAAUUUAUUUUUUCAGUUCGUAAAAAAAUGCUACAACAAAUCAGCAUAAAGUAUACUAGAUGUUUUGUUCAAAAGCAAAAAAUUUCUAAGAUUUUUUGAGUUUUGCUUUUAUUUUAUUAUUUUUUCGUUAAGUUACCUUCCACAACCCAACAGUGCGAAGCGUGAAGUGCGUAAAUUUCAGAGGUGCUUCGUUAACGCAUAACACGCGAUAUUUUGAAAAAAUAAAAAUAAAAAUCAACUAACGAAUGUGUUCUACAGCUUGAAUUAAAUAAAAAAAAUUUCUAAAAAUAGAAUAAGUAAAUUGCUUGGUUAUGUAUAAUUUAAAAGUAUGCAAAUUUGUAUUAAUUUUAAAUUAAAAAAAAAAUAUUUGUGAAAAUGUUGCAAAUAACAAGAAUAGAAUAAUCAAAGUCAACUAGUGCAAGAGCGUCGUGAUCCAGGUGAGAGUGCCACAGAUAAUGAUAGAUGUGAGUGAGUGACUGAUAAAAGUGUAAACCCCACAAGUUCAACUGCACUGUAAUACAAAAAUACAAAAUAUUAAAUUAAGUUCUCAAUUUAUUUAAAAUUUACACCGCCUUAUUGGUCCAACAAUUGUGUCUACAUAACAGCAAUGUUUGUGGCAUCGACGUGUUAUGCCACAUGACUGUUCUUCAUGUUUGUUGGCGUACAAUAUGCAGCGUCGUCGCAUAGCUAACGUCGCUGUUGCCUUUGCUGUCGACAACGGCAAACCCAAUAGUGAUAGUCGCAAAAAAGUUGUAAAAAACUGCAACAAUAAACAAAACAAUAAUAUUAAUAAUAAAAUCAAAAUUUACACUAGUAGCAGUAAAACGCGCUUAAUAACAAUAUUAGAAGCAACAGCCACUGUCAGUGUCAACGUCGCGGUUACACUAAACGUCGACAGCAACGCCGAACGUGACACGAGUUAUAACCGCUUCUUUACCGCCAUCAAACUAAAAUGCGAACAAACGCAGGUCGCGACUUUAGUCGCUGAAAUCGUAGUCGUUUUAAUAGCCAUUUUGAGCACAGCGCCUUUGUCAACCCUACGACGUACGUCAGCUAACCAAAACUCUGUUAUACACAGUUACCGCUGAGCGCGACCUCAUCAGCGACACUAAUAAAACUGACAACAAUUGCAAAUACAUAUAAAGCAACAGCAACUAGCAAAAACCCACAAACUAUUAGGAAAAUCACAAAAAGCAACCAUUUGUGAAAUUCGCAAAAGCGCUGUGUACGAAUCAGUCCAGUUGGUUGAUGUAAAUUUAUCAGUGUACAACAAAUUUAAAGCUGUGACAAGCAGCAGAGAAUAAAAGCAAACGAAGAAGUAAACCCUAGCAACAGUGAAGGAAAAAUCGAUAAAAAUCGUGUGUAAUGAUACAAAAUUAACUAAAUAUAUAUAUAUAUACAUAAAUAACGCAUAGAAUUUAGUAGUAAUUAAGUCGUAAGCAUAAGUGCAAAUAGGUGAAUUAAACAAAAAAAAAAAAAAAACUUAACUUGAAGAAAAUUACAUUAAGGCAGCAGCUUAAAAUCGAAACCAUACCUUAAAAUAAUUGCAAAAUCGACUAGAUUUCUACAUUUGGAUACAGUUAAUUUUCAAUAAAAACAUUCGUCCUGGAUUAUCUGCUAAAGACAUUGCGCACCUUGAAAAACCCGAUUAUGGCCGAGAAUCAGACCGCCACGGAAGAUUCCGGUCAGCAAUCGCAACAUCAGCAGCAGGGGCAGCAGCAACAACAACAGCCGCAGUCGCCGCAGCAAGAUCAGCCACCUCCUUCUGCACUUGCAUCGCCUACAACACCGCCACAAGAGAAUAAUUCCGCAUCAUCGCCCGAAGACACCCAAACCGUUGUUGCACCCAACACCAAUCAUCAUUCGCACAAUCACAACCUCCGCAAUCAGCAUCAGCAUACAAAUCAAGUGCAUCCCGAACAAGGCCAUUCGCUUACCAUAAUGGAUCAUCAUCAAUUCUCUGAUAUGUUCAAGAGUAGCACUAUAGCAGCUCAGCGCCGCAAUACAAUACAGUCUCACGCUCCUAUACGUGCCACCAGUACCACAUCGAUUAAGAAGCCACCGCUGACUAAAAUGACAUCGCUAUCAAAUGCAAAUACCGGUGGCAGUGCUGUUGGUGGUGGCACAAAAUCCACUAAUUCGUCAGACAAACAUCACCAUCACCAUCAUGCACAGAGCGCUCAUCAUUCGUCUCUUCACCAUCAUAAUGUGAACAGCAGCAUGAACCAUCAUCACCAUUCAGCUUCAACGGUUGGUAGUGGUGGUGGCGGCACCACUAAUGCAGUACAUCGUCGUACCAGUGAGAGUUUGCGUCUGAACGCCUCUGUCAGUGGUGGCAAUAAUGGUGGUGGUGGUGGUGGUGUUGGUGGUUCUAGCUCGGUCGCCAAUUCGUCCAAUACGAAUCUUUCAAAUGCGACCAGCAAUAGUAGCAUUCACUCGAAUGUGACUAAUAACAGUUCCAGCUCGAGCACAUCGGUUGUACCACAGUCAACAUCUACUACGGCUUCGACAUCGACGAAAGUCACAUCGCCAAACAAUAAUGGUGGUGGCAGUAGUUCGGCCAGCACCAAUACGAACCGUAGUCAUCACAGUCAUGGGUAUGGUGGUGGUGGUGGAAAUGGCGCUGGCGGCAAUCAGCACCAUACUGCCGCUUCGCAGCCAAGCAAAAAACCAAAGACGACCUCAUCUUUUCAGAUUACUUCCGUUACUGUGGGACAUCCCAAGGUGAAUUCCGAUAAUGGUGAUGAGUCGGCUGACGACUUGGAUGAAUCUCAUACAGAUGAAUCUCAUAGUCGUGUUACCGAUCUCGAAAAUGAGACACCUUCAAUGUCCGAAGAUACAUUCUCCAAAGAGGAGGUGUAUUUCUCCAAUAAUGCGUUGAGCACUACAGCACCGGUGAUACCGACCAGUUCACAGUAUGGACUUGUUGUGGUAGAUCCCAUUGGUCCGUCCCUUGGACAGACUAUACAAAAUGUACAGGUCAACGUUUCGGACAACAUUAUAAAUGUGGUAAGCGCUGCUGUAACGCCAGGCGGUAGUAAGAAGAAGGACGACGUGAAGGAGACGCAGCAUCGUAGCGAACGUUUCAAGGUGGUUAAGAUCGAGUCGACCGAGCCGUUCCGUCGUGGACGUUGGAUGUGCAUGGACUAUCUCGAUCACUCAACUGUAGGCACCGGCGGUAAGGAGGGCGGCGGUGGCAACAAUAAUGAAAAGACUGUUUCCUCCGAAUCGGGUAGCGGCGGCAGCAGCGAACCGGCAAAGACUACACAAAGUAUGAUAAUUGGAACGGGCGCCGCACAAUUACUCGAAAAUCAUGUGGACGGAGUUGGAAAUAGUUUGCAACUUACUACUGGGGGCGGAACUGUUGCUAAUACUACGAAUGAUGACAACUGGAACUUUGGAGAAGGUGAUGGAAGCGUAAGCUCACCAGCUCAACAGUUGCAUCAGCAAAUGUCUACACCAUCUGGAAUUGCCACGGCACCGGCUACGGUAGUACAUGGCAUGCAACACUUUAUGUCCGAUUCAGCCGGCAUACAGCAGGGACAUACACAGCAGCAGCAACAACAACAACAGCAACAGUCACAACAAGUAUAUGCUGAUAAUGCGAAUGCCAAUAAUACCGGCGUUGGUGGAACCACUCAGGAUGUCGUUCACGGGCAAUCUUUGCCCAUGGAUUAUGCAACAGUUGUCGCACAGCAAUUGCAACAAUCGUUGCAGCAACUAAAAAAACAAGAGGAAGCGAUUGCCGCUUCAGAGGAAGCUGGUACUGUUUAUGUACCACCACAGGCACAACAGCAACAGCCGCAACAACAGCAGCCGCAGACGCUUCCUAGCAAUUUACAGUUUCAAAAUGGCAGUGUUGUCAUGUGUGAAAACAAUAACGGUGCUGUAAGCAUGCAACAGGUUGAAAAUCAGCAACAACAGUCCAUGCCAACAGCCUAUGUAGCGCAACAGCAAAGUGGCGCCUACAGUCAACAGCAGCAACAAAACUUCCAGCCCGCUGCUACACAACAACAACAACAGCAGCAGCAUCAUCCACAACAGCAGCAACAACAGCAUCAGCCUUCUCCUUCACAAAUGAUGGCCAACGACGCCAUGAAUAUGCAACUGCAGCAACAACAAUCAUCUCAACAGCAGCAGCAGCAACAGCAACAACAACAACAACAAAAUCAAUCGGCUUCCGCACCGACAUCGAAAAUCGAUGGCGCAGCCACACAACCACAACAAUUCCAGUUCCAGUCACAAGCGCAGUCGCAGUCGCAGCAACAGCAACAACAACAACAAACACAUCCACCACAGUAUCAACACCAACAAUCAGCUCCAGCUGGUCAAACGAUGCCCAUCGUAACACAAUUGACAAACUAUGAAUUGCAGCAACAGUCCGGCGGUCAGCAACAGCAACAACAACAACAGCUGCAACAAAGUGCGCCGCCAACUAUUGCUGAUCCUAAAGUUCUUGCGGCCACCAUACAGGCACAUCAUGAACAGCAGCAGCAGCAGCAACAACAACAACAAUCACAACCCGUAACGCUUGACAAUGUCCAAAUAACCAAUGCAACAACAAUCGCGAAUAUGCAAAACGAAACAUUGCAGUUGCAGCAACAGCAACAAAUUCAUAGUGCUAAUAAUAUGAACAAUGCUAGUGCCAAUGCUAACAAUAACAACAACAGCAAUAAUGUUGCAACUGUGACUACAGUCGAAGAACAAUCACAGGCACAACAGCCAACUCCACCGGCACAGCAACAACAGCAGCAGCAAGUACCACAACCAUUGCAACAGCUAUCACAACAACAGCAACAGCCACCACAACAAACACAACCGAAUGCAGAAACAGAGACUGAUAGCAUAUCGAGUCUCUCGCAGGCCAUGUACCAUGGUAGUAAUCGUAAGCGUGCCUUUAGCACACCGCACAUAACACCCGCCAUCUCGACAUUGCUCAAUAUGUCGAACAAUGAACGCGGUGUAUUUCUGCUCAAUAACAGUAACGGCAGUAAUUUUAAUAUCAGCUAUAACAACAAUAAUAUACCAGCCGAUCAGCUUGUUUACUAUAUGAAAACGGCAUCACCACACGAUCUGAAGAAUAGCAGCGUGUCUGGACCGUGGAUACCGGGACGCUCCGACACCAAUAUCUAUACAAAUCUAGCACUUGGACAUAAUCGCUACAAAUUCUUGCCAAACACACAAAAUUACGAUGCCGCCGAUGAUGAGGAUGCAGACGAAGAUGAAGCAAUCGAUCAAUUCUCACCAACUAUUUACCCAACAAGUCGUUCCAUUCCUAUACCGAUUGGUAAUAAGCACAGUCCACAGCAUUUGUCAAGCGGCCAACAAACUCCACAACUGCCAACAUCACCAACACACGUAGCGCAUAGCGCCAGCCCGACCAGCAGCGCAUAUCCAUACUCUCCUUUCUAUGGCAGCUCACCCGAAUCGCAAACAAAUCUGGCUGGCGGUGGUGGUGUUGGCGGCGUCGGCGGCACACAAAUUCCCAUUAGAAUGGCUUAUAGCUACGAUCACGCGUUGGGUGCGAACUUGAAACGCAUGCCCAGCUUGACACACCAAACUGCACAACAACAACAGCAACACACCGUUGGACGUAUGGUGCCGCGUGCAUUAUCUCUCGAUGCGACGGGCCGAAAUGCGGCGGCGUCAGCGGCUGUUAUGUUCGCCACUUCGCCGACCACAACAUUGAACAGUGCAUCUGGAACAAGUGCAGUUGCGAUCGAUAAUAAGAUCGAGCAAGCUAUGGAUCUGGUCAAAUCCCAUCUUAUGAUAGCUGUUCGCGAGGAAGUUGAAGUACUCAAGGAGAAAAUUUCCGAGCUGAUGGAUAAAAUCAAUCAACUUGAGGUUGAGAAUACCAUAUUGAAGUCGAACAUGUCACAGGAAAUGUUGCAACAAUUGCAAAUGCAAACGCAACUGCAGAUCGCCGGUAGCAACACCAAUAGCAAUAGCAGCAGUGCCGGCACACCAGCGAUCACAGCAGGCAAUUCCAAUGCCACAGUAACGACUGCUAAUAUGAUUGCCGCAGCACCACCACAACAACAACAACAGCAGCAGCAACAACAACAACAACAACAGGCUGGUACACCCACAACUGCUGCGGCCAAUGAGAGCAGCGACGCCAGCCCAGCGACCGAAACAACGGCCACAGCAGCAACAGCCGCCACAGCAGCGACCAAUAAUAGCGCAGAAAAUACGGCGGCCACAACAAACGGUCCAUUGUCGUCCUCCUAAACGCCGCAAUGUUGAAGCGUUAAUUGAAAAGGCUUAUAGUCGAAGCGAGGCGUAGCAUUAAAAGAAAAAAAAACUUACGAAGCACCAAGCUGGGUAGUUGGAGUUACAUAAUUGCUAGAAUUGAAGGUGUUAUUGGUGUGUGUAUGUUGAGUAAGAGGCGGAUGUGUACUGCAAUAUAGUGGCGUACAAAUUAAUUUUUUUUGUUGCCGCUUGAUGGGAAUCUUGGCCAAGUGAAAUGCUGCAACAAUUUAGUGGCAACACAAAAAAAAUUGUUUUAUUACGCCAAAAAAGAUGAAAACAAAAAUUAUAUGAUAAUGUUUGCAGCUUUUGAGUAACGUCCUCAAGCGUUAAUAUAUAUUAUAGAUACAUAUUUAUUUUUCACAAACAAAUACUUUUCCUUUUUUUAUGGAAUGCUGAAAGUUUUUCAAAACUGCAAACAUUUGUUAUCUAUGCCACAGCAAUAAAAAUGUACGCUUUAUUGUUUUUUUUUUAUUUUUUUUACUGGUUCAACGGCGACCAAGUAAUGCAGCGUCUCUCUUGAAAACGUUGUGGCUAACAUUUGCAAACCAUCACAACGCUGCAAACACACAUCACGAAAAUACCACAAAUUAAACUAAAUAAACAACAAGUGCAAGCAAAAACAAAGCAAGCAAGAAACAAAACACACUGAUAAACGUCUGCAAACAAUUGGUUGCGCCAACGCCGCCAUAUGUUGCUGGCAACAUAUAGCACUUUCAUAGCAUACCAACAAGUAUUCCCAGCAUUGUUUGAGCGAUGCAACGCUGUGUGUUUGUACGCGUCAUUACACACACACACACACAAGCACUGGGCCUUGUUUGCCUUGUAGCGACAACAUGUUGUUAAUGCUGCUGCAAAUGCAUAAGUAUGAAUCUUCAACACCUAAAACAGCGCAACAUGUUGCCGCAAUAUCUACAAGCGGCAAACAGCGCGAAAUCAUCAUGUUAAAUGUGAUAAAACUCAAUUUAUAAUUAUUUCAAGCAUACAAAAAUAAGAAGUUGAGUCGAAUAUAGAAGAAAGAGCUGAAGGAAGUAAACAAAUUGUAAUGUUGCUGCACGCGCUUAAAAGAGAACAAAGUGCGGCAAAGAGCAAACUAUGUAUAUAUAAAUGAGAAAAUCAAAUCGUUUGCUUUAUUUGCGUCAUAAUUGUCAUACUCUGUAUAUUAUUAUUGUGUUUUAAAUUUUAAUUACGAAAUUUUAAUUUUUCACUAAAACUUGAGAAGCGCAUAGUUAAAGCAUAAGCAAACGAUUAGAGAGAAGUUUAGGAAAGUAUGAUUCAACAUAAAAUUCAUAUUUUUUUUAGUUAAAGUUGUGUGUAAUUUUAAGUUUUGAUAUUAUUUUCCAUCCAUGUUGUAUAAUUUUUACAAAGCAGAUAAAUCACGAUGUGAAAAUCAAAAGCGAAAUAUUUGCAUAUUUAUCAUUAACAAUAGAAAUAAAAACAACAACAAACAUAUUGCAUGUAUUUGUAUGUAUUUCCAAAUUCAGUAAAUAUAAGUAAAUUUCUUUUGGAAAAAACAUAAUAAAAUUGUAAACAAACAAAAGAUUUGAAGAAAAAUUAUAAAUAAUCAGGGAACUAAAUAUUUGUAAAAAUUUCACAAAAAAUAAAAAAGAAAAUGUGGCUAAUGCAAAAAGACAAGCAAAACAUACUUGUGUGCAAACGAGUAUAAAAAAGUUGUAUAAAAACUGUGCAUGUUGAAAAAUUAAUUUGCAAACUUGAAAACUCGAAAAUAGCAAAAAUAAUGCAUAGUAAACGCUAAAUGAAAAAAGUUGUACAGGCAAAAGGUUAAAAUAUACAGUUAAUUAAAAAAAGUAAAAAAAAUUAAAAAUUGCAUUGGUAAAAAUUUAGCCGCGUACGGCUUAAAGUUUCCAAAAAAGCGCAAAUUUCAAUGACAUGCAGAAAAACAAAUACAAAUUGGAAUAUUCAUGUUAUUUGUAGUAUAAAUUAAAUACAUGCAAUAAACCAAGCAAUAAAUAAUAUUUUUUUGAAACUAAAUACUUCAAAAAAGAAAAGUUUAAAAAUGUGCAGCAGUAAGAGUUAAAAAUUUUCGCUAAAUAAUAAACAAGGCAUUCACGCCAACAGCAGUAUUUAUAUAAGAAAUUUACAUACAUUACGCGUUUGAACUUAAAACACCUUAAAGACAACCUAAAUAUAUUGCCGUUUUAUAAUUGCGAAUUUUGCUAACAAUUUUUAUUAAGAAAAAAAAAAUUGUUAAAAAAAGUAUGCUGCUGUCUAAAGAUUACAAAAACUACUACUUUGUUGGUUAUUGCAAACUUCAACACUCUAUAUGUGAAUGUCUUGUUUUUUUGUGUACGUAAAAUAUAUCGUUCAAGCUGCCUACAAUUUACAUUUUUUUUUUUAAAUUUUAUGCACAUUACUGUUAUUAAGCAAACCACAAUUCACAUAAUUUAAAAACUUGUAAUAAAAAACAGCUAUACAUAUUUUUUUAUUCAACAAAAAAUUUAACCAACUAAAAUUCGCAAUUGUUAUGAUCAGUCAGUAAUAUAUAUAAAAAAUAUUUUAGUUUGUAAAUAUAAAAAUAAAACUUCAAAUCUCAAAUUGUAAAAUAGCCAAUAUUUAAAAAUUUUGUAUUAAAAAAAUCGAAAAAUAGUGAACAUGCUAAAAAUAUGUAAAUAUUGAAAUGAUUUAUAACGCGCUGAAGACAAAUACUUUAGCAAAUAUCGAGCCAGCCAGCAAAAACUCUAUUUUAUACAUUAUUUUUAGUCAACAUGAAUUUUACUAUUGUUUGAUUUAAAAAAAAAACGCUAAAAGUGACAAGUCUUGCAAAUUUGCAAUCUUUUAUCAACACUAAUUUUUGAAACAUGUUGUGGUCUUUUUUUUUAAUUAUAUAAGCGCACUUUUUAAACAAAUUUCUUAUAACACAGACUUGCGUGCUUCUCGUUUUAUGCGUACAUAACAACAAAUUUUAAUUAUAACUAAUAGUAUUGUAUACAAAAUCUGUUGUAAGAUUUUUGACUUGUUAACACUUACUUUUCUAACGCAUACAACUCAAGUAUUUUUGCUUUAAAAAAAAAACACACACACAUACAUACAUAAAACUGUAACCAAUACGCAGUUAAUAAUAAUUUUACGCUAUUGUUCAGCUACAGUUUAUAAGUUGCUUAUAACUAAUAUAAAAAUAAAAUAUGAAAAUGCAUAAGAAACUGUAAAAGCGACUGCCAGACAGCGCCAAGAAUCCUGCGGAGACUCUAAUUGUCUAAGGAUUCGCAUGCAUGCGUGUUAGACGCGCACAUGACUGCAGCAAAAUCAACUGUAUAUACAUAUAUAAAUAAUGAUUUACAAUAAAUGCAAUGAAACAGUUGAAUUUAUGAAUGUCAUGUUGUUGCAUACAUGUUGCAACAAAUGCUAAAAAAAAUAUAUAUAUAUAUAAUAUAAUAUACUGAUUAAUAAAAAAAACUUAUAAAUUGUAGCUAAACUUUCUUUUAACAACUUCUAUAAUCUGCUGAUUGUAUGUGAAGGAAAGCUGCAAGAUUACAUUUUAUACACACACACACAUACAUAUACGCAUACAUACACAUAAAAAUAACGUUACUAUAGCCACGUACCAUAUACAUAAUAAUAAAAGAUUGUUGUAGUUUAGUAGUUUUGCUUUAUUUCUAUUAUAUAAGUUUAAAUAUUAAUUUAUUGCAUAGUUUGUACGUAUGAGAAUAUUAAAAACAAUUCAAACAAAACUAUUGAAAAAUAAAUAAAAAUAAAGAAAUAAAUGGCACUGAAAGUUAUUAAAUAACAACA